UCCGCCAACCGCUCCGAUAUUAAAUGGCACCAGCAAGAUGCCCAGACCGUAUUGCUACCACCCGCCAAUUAGACGAAAGAUGCGCCAAGGCCCAAGGAUGUAAUUCCCUAUCAUUCCACACAACUGAAUUAAAGGGUAAUCAGUUGUGUGAGGAUCAAGAUUCCCACUCAAUAUUUUGAUGACCAUUCCACUUGUAAUUAAGACUUAAUGCACUUAGAGCAACUUAAUGCUACCAUUAACACAUAAUAGUCACUACAUGAUGCCAUAUAUGAAGGAAAGCAUAUCUCCAUACUAAUAGACAGUGGCGGAAGCGUAACCUUUGUGACACCAGCACUCAUUAAGCAAGCAAACCAUGUGGUUCAAGUCCGCGAUCAAAUAGCGGAGACAGCUGGUGGUCACAAAGUAUCAAUCACCAAGAAGAUUACCAUGUCUAUUUCGUUCAAUGCAUAUACAGACUCAAUCGAAGCUUAUAUGUUCCCAGUGAAAUUUGACUUGAUACCACUCCAAACCUUGUUCCAGCAAGCACAGCAAAUUUCCAUUUGAACCACCUUGUUUCUCACAGACAAGGAAGUAAGUCGAUGAAGAACACUGGCGCAGACAGUUUUCGUGUUGUACAGUAUGCAUUCCAUACCGUGGAUCCAAGACCGAUCAACCAAACCUCAUUCAAGAGGAGUCUC